AAAGCAACACGGUGAGGAGCAAAAGGCGCCGGAUAAGGCGACUCUCAGCUGAUCUCUUCAAAGACUCAACCAAACCCGCUCUUGUUUUCUCAGUCCAAGUAUCUGCUCCUCCGGCCUAUAACUCCGCCACACGUCCACCUAAGUGGUCGCCUGAUCCCAAAUCCACGGGCUACUCAGCUCCGCUCGUUUCCACAGCAGACCACCGUCUGUCCCUUCACUUCUGUGAGAAAGAAAAGUUUUGGUUUUGAUGUUGAUGGGAACGACUAUUGAUAAUGUUAAGGAGAGCAAGAUAUGGAAAGGGAUUUUUGCUGUGUCUGGAAUUAUGAUCACUCUAGUCAUCUAUGGUGUUUUGCAGGAGAAGAUCAUGAGGGUUCCAUAUGGGGUAAACAAGGAAUAUUUUAAGUAUUCACUAUUUCUUGUUUUCUGCAACCGCAUCACAACAUCUACUGUUUCUGCUGGUGUUUUACUUGCAAGUAAAAAAGCAUUGGAUCCUGUUGCUCCAGUCUACAAGUACUGUCUCAUAUCAGUUUCAAACAUACUUACCACAACAUGUCAAUAUGAGGCCCUCAAGUAUGUGAGCUUUCCAGUUCAGACACUUGCAAAGUGUGCCAAAAUGAUACCUGUUAUGAUUUGGGGCACUUGCAUCAUGCAGAAGACAUAUAAGGGAUUUGAUUAUUUGGUAGCUUUCCUGGUGACACUGGGUUGUUCAAUAUUUAUUCUUUUUCCGGAGGGAACUGACAUUAGUCCUUACAGCAGUGGAAGAGAAAACACUGUUUGGGGGGUCUCUCUGAUGAUUGGUUAUCUUGGGUUCGAUGGCUUUACAAGCACAUUCCAAGAUAAAUUAUUUAAAGGCUAUGAUAUGGAAAUACACAAUCAAAUAUUCUACACGACACUAUGUUCUUGCUUUCUCAGCUUGACAGGCCUGAUAUUACAGGGACAUUUACUUCCAGCUAUAGAAUUUGCUUAUCGCCAUAAUGAUUGUUUUCUCGAUAUUGUAUUGCUUUCAACUGUAGCAACAGCUAGUCAAUUCUUUAUUUCUUACACAAUUCGUACAUUUGGUGCUCUUACUUUUGCUGCCAUAAUGACCACCAGACAGCUGGCGAGCAUCAUGCUGUCGUGCAUGUGGUUCUCACAUCCCCUAAGUUGGGAACAGUGGAUUGGAGCGGUUAUCGUUUUUGGUUCCUUGUAUGCGAAAAACAUCUUGAAAAGUGCACCUCCAAAGCCCAUUCCUUCAGAGCAAACGCAAAUUAGAGCUUCAAGUCCUGUGAAGGGAAUUCCUUAACAGCUGGUGACCCAUGACCUGUAUUCUCCUCCGCUGCUUUAGGUGAAUGUUAAACUCUAUUCUGAGGAUUGUCUACUACUCAACUGAGCUUUAUAUGGAAUCAUUUUAACCGCAUGAAAGCAGCACCACCUGAAAGAGAAAGCAGCACCAAUUCAGCAGCUGCGAUUUUCAAAGCUGAUAAUUUUUUUUUUUCGUAUUUUAAACAGCUAAUAGAAUCAGGGAAAAGAAAAAAGAACGAUGAUAGUGAACUAUAUGGUAACUGAAUGACAAAUUUUAUUCUUCUCCAAUUUUUUUUAAAAAAAUUAUUUUAUUGUAUCUUUUUGGUUUUUGAAUAGAGAGUAUUUCAGGAA